CUCAGUGGGUUUCUAUCACUUCUAAAAUAUGGAUCAAAUUCCUAACACACCUAUAGAAUUUUACCUUGAUCAGACCUGUAUUGGUUGUCUUCACAAUAGUUUCCAUACCUUUCCUCUGUAAAGAUCACUUUCCUCUGGAUAGAUCACUUUUCCUAUUUUUCCUCAUUUACUUAACUCCAUUCCUCACAUAGAUCUUACCAUGAACAUCUUCCAGGUCAGGGUAGAUGACAUGACUUUGAAGCUCUUAUAGUCCUCUAAGCACUUUGUUUUUGUUUUUUCAAAUAUCAUAGCACCUUUUUAUUCAUCUGGUAAUGUAAGUAGUUACUUAAUGCCUAGGUUCACAACUAGGUUAAUGACAGACUUCAUUUUAACCCCAGAAUGGGGCACAGUGCCAAGAACAUGUGAGGUCUUCGUGGUAGCUUCUCGAUGAGUAUUUGAUAAUGAACAAACUCUUGUCUGAAUUUUUAAAAGACAUUUUGUGAUCCAGAGUGAAGAGUUUCUUUAAUAUCAGAAUUUGAAGCACAGUGAUGUCUACUUCUUUCAGUAUCUCUGGCAUGUUCUUUGUAACUAACUUUAUUUGUUCCUUUCAGGUAAAAGUCAUUAACAAAGUCAAUGAGUAAAGAAAAUGACUCUUCUGUGUCUGAAUUUGUAUUCCUGGGGCUUUCUACCUCCAGACCAGUGCAGAAUUUCCUCCUUGCCUUCUCUACAGUGUUUUAUGUAAUAAUUGUUCUGGGUAAUCUCCUUGUUGUGAUUACAGUGACCUUUGACCCUCAUCUACACUCCCCCAUGUACUUCCUUUUAGCCAACCUCUCAUUUAUUGAUUUGUGUUUUUCUACCUUAACAGUUCCUAAGAUGAUCUCUGACCUGUACUCUGAAUGCAAAACCAUAUCCUUCCAGGGGUGUGUCACUCAGAUAUUUAUCCUUCACAUCCUGGGUGGAUCUGAGAUGGUGCUGCUCACUGCCAUGGCCUUAGACCGAUACGUGGCCAUAUGUAAGCCCCUGCACUAUCUGACCAUCAUGAGCCAACGGGUGUGCCUUUUGCUUCUGUGUGGUGCUUGGGCUAUUGGCCUCAUUCACUCAGUGGUCCAGUUAGCUUUUGUGAUCCAUUUGCCUUUCUGUGGUCCUAAUGAAAUUGAUAGCUUUUACUGUGACCUUCCUUGGUUUAUCAAACUUGCCUGCAUAGAUUCCUACAGAAUGGAAUUCAUGGUCACUGCCAACAGUGGGUUCAUAUCCGUGGGCACUUUCUUCUUACUGAUUGUGUCCUACGUUUUCAUCCUGGUCACUGUAUGGAAACGCUCUUCAGGUGGUUUGUGCAAGGCCCUCUCCACUCUGUCAGCACACGUCACUGUGGUGGUUCUGUUCUUUGGACCAUGCAUCUUUGUUUACAUGUGGCCAUUUCCCACGGUGCCAGUGGAUAAGUUUCUUGCCAUUUUAGACUUUCUGGUUACACCCAUCCUGAAUCCUGCCAUUUACACACUGAGGAACAAGGACAUGAAGAUGGCUAUGAGGAGCCUGAGUAGUCAGCUCCUGAGUUGGAGGAAGGUCUCCUAAGUAGCUCAUGGAAGCCCAAGUUACUUCAAACGACUUCAUGUAAUACAAAUGCUUAAAUAAAUAUAUAAAAAUUGGGGCUUUAAAAUUUUUUUUAAGACAGUCACCAUUUUAUAGUAUUCUGACUAGACCAUUGAUUAUGAGGUUACAUUGAAUUCUCUGGGUAACAAGUUGUUUGCUGGCCAAAUUAAAACCCUGGGAAAUGUUUGGUGGAAGAUUUUGAAAAAGCAUCAGUUGCAGACUUUGAAUCU